GCGCAUGCUCUACCAGCUCGAGGGAUAAUACAGUACUGUCAUGGCGCGGACGAGCUGUAGCAGGGGGUAAAUCAGGAAGAGAAUGCGCUAUAAGUGGGUUAACACUGAAUUUUAGUUCAUUCUUGGUGUUUCGGUGGAAACGCCGAGUGGACUGCUGUCCUUUGUGGAGAACCACUGGAGCUGUUCUUGGACUUGACCCUCGUUUUGGAGUUUUGCUCCUGACAGUGAGCUACCUGUCAAGCCAUUGACAAUAGUUCCAUUACCGUAGCCUUUACCGAAGAAAUGAAAGUCGCAGUUCCCUCGCUUACAUUUUGACUGAGGGGGAGAAGGGCAAGACCUAAGCGACCUUGCUUGGCAACGGAUAUUAUCAAGCUACUCCGCACCAUUUUGGCUUGGGCUUUUUUUGCUGCAUUAUUCCAUUUGUCCCCUAUCAAGUUUCCGACAGAGGAGAGCCUACUUCUACUUGGAAACGCAGUGACAACUCCAAUGUCGCGGUGUCAUACACUGGACAGUCUGCUCUUGUCCGUGUGUGCCUAUUUCGAGAUAAUACUCAUCUUUUGUUGAGUUGAAGGCAUUUUUGGAAAACUGUUUGGAUGGGGAGGGAAAUAUAUUUCCUGUUUAACGCCAUACUGUCUACGUAACUGACCAGGGAAUACAAUAUUCUAGCGACUCUUGCACCACUGCCUUUGAGGGUGAACAGGUGCCUUACCUGUGAACGCCACCUGCCCUGUCUUUCAUUUAGCAAUGGCUAGCAAAGUGACAUCGGGUGCUGGUCGGCAAGGAAAUGGGGGCCAGGACGAAAAAGGACAAUCUAUGGCGCUUAACCCAGGGAUUCCUAUCAGGGGAAUAAGGAUGAAAUUCGCCGUGCUUGCUGGCUUGGUAGAAGUUGGGGAAGUUUCGAACCGUGACAUAGUGGAGACCGUCUUCAACCUGUUGGUCGGGGGCCCGUUCGACCUGGAGAUGAACUUCAUCAUCCAGGAGACGGAGAGCGUGGUGUGCAUGGUGGAGCUGCUGGACAAGUGCCAGGCCACCUGCCAGGCGGAGGUGUGGAGCAUCUUCACCGCCGUGCUGAAGAAGAGCGUGAGGAACCUCCAGGCCUGCACCGACACCUCCCUCAUCAGGCUGGUGCUGGAGCGCGUGGCCUGCGCAGAUAGCAUGAUCGCAGACCUGAUGGUGGACAUGCUGGGUGUGCUGGCCAGCUACAGCAUCACAGUGAAGGAGCUCAAGCUGUUCUUCAGUAAACUGCAAGGCGACAGCGGCCAAUGGCCUCCACAUGCAGUAAAGCUGCUGUCUGUGCUGAAGAGCAUGGCCCACAGGAACGGACCAGACUCCUUCUUUAGCUUCCCGGGGAAGAGUGCUGCCGCCAUCGCUCUGCCCCCCAUCGCCAAGUGGCCCUACCAGAGUGGCUUCACCUUCCACACCUGGCUCCGCAUGGACCCCAUCAACAACAUCAACGUGGACAAGGACAAGCCUUACCUCUACUGUUUUCGCACCAGCAAAGGCCUGGGCUAUUCGGCACACUUUGUGGGCGGCUGCUUGAUUGUGACCUCGUUAAAGUCUAAAGGGAAGGGAUUCCAGCACUGCGUGAAGUACGACUUCAAACCACAGAAGUGGUACAUGGUGACCAUCGUCCACAUCUACAACCGCUGGAAGAACAGCGAGAUCAGCUGCUACGUGAAUGGAGAGCUGGCAUCGUACGGAGAGAUCACCUGGCUUGUCAACACAAGCGACACGUUCGACAAGUGUUUCCUGGGCUCGUCGGAGACUGCCGAUGCCAACCGUGUGUUCUGUGGCCAGAUGGGGGCGGUCUACCUGUUUGGAGAGGCCCUCAGCGCUGCCCAGAUCCUGGCCAUCUACCAGCUGGGCCCAGGCUACAAGGGCACGUUCAAGUACAAGGCAGAGAGCGACCUCCUGUUUGCCGAACACCACAAGAUCCUGCUGUAUGACGGCAAGCUGGCGGCCAGCAUCGCCUUCACCUACAACCCCCGCGCCACCGACGCCCAGCUCUGCCUCGAGUCCUCUCCCAAAGACAACACCUCCAUCUUUGUGCACUCGCCCCAUGCACUCAUGCUGCAGGAUGUCAAGGCGGUGGUGACCCACUCAAUCCAGAGCGGGAUCCACUCCAUCGGAGGGGUGCAAGUGCUCUUCCCCCUGUUCUCCCAGCUGGACUACCAACAGCACACCAGCCACGAGCUGGACACCUCUGUCUGCUGCACUUUACUAUCGUUUGUGAUGGAGUUGCUGAAGAACUCUGUGGCUAUGCAAGAGCAGGUCCUCACCUGCAAGGGCUUUCUGGUCAUCGGCUACACUCUGGAGAAGUCUUCCAAGGUGCAUGUGACGCGACCCGUGCUGGACAUCGUCCUGGCCUUCGCCCGUUACCUUAGCAACCUGCAGAACGGCGUCCUGCUGCUAAAGCAGCUGUGUGACCACAUCCUGUUCAACCCGGCCAUCUGGAUCCACGCCCCCGCCAAGGUGCAGCUGAACCUGUACACCUACCUGUCAACAGAGUUCAUCAGCACCGUGACCAUCUACAACGCCAUCCGCAGGGUGGGCACGGUACUGCAGGUGAUGCACACCCUCAAGUACUACUACUGGGUGACCAACCCUCAGGACCGCAGCGGGGUCACGCCCAAGGGCCUGGACGGUCCGAGACCCAACCAGAAGGAGAUCCACUCUCUGAGAGCCUUCCUGCUGCUGUUCAUCAAACAGCUGAUCAUGAAGGAUUACGGUGUGAAGGAGGACGAGUUGCAGAGCAUCCUGAACUACCUGCUCACUAUGCACGAGGAUGACAAUCUGAUGGACGUGCUGCAGCUGCUCGUGGCGUUGAUGUCGGAGCACCCCGGCUCCAUGGUCCAGGCCUUCGACCAGCGCAGCGGGAUACGGGUCAUCUACAAGCUGCUGGCAUCCAAAAGUGAAGGAAUUCGAGUGCAGGCACUCAAGGUCAUGGGAUACUUUCUCAAGCACCUACCAGCAAAGAGGAAGGCUGAGGUCAUGCUGGGUCACGGCCUCUUCUCCCUGCUCACUGAGCGCCUCAUGCUGCACUCCAGCCCCUUCAGCAUGACCACCUACAACGUGCUGUUUGAGAUUCUGACUGAACAGAUCUGCACCCAAGUCAUCCACAAGCAGCAUCCAGACCCAGACUCCACCGUCAAGAUCCUCAACCCACAGAUCUUGAAGGUGAUCGCUGCCCUGCUGAAGAACUCUCCCCCCUCCCCUGAGACCAUGGAGGUGCGCAGGAUCUUCCUGUCCGACAUGAUCAAACUGUUUAACAACAGCCGUGACAACCGGAGGAGCCUGCUGCAGUGCUCCGUGUGGCAGGAGUGGAUGCUCUCGCUGUGCUUCAUCAACCCCAGGAACAGCGAGGAGCACAAGAUCACAGAGAUGGUGUACGCCAUCUUCCGCAUCCUGCUCUACCACGCCAUCAAGUACGAGUGGGGCGGCUGGCGCGUGUGGGUGGACACGCUGUCCAUCACCCACUCCAAGGUGACCUUUGAGCAACACAAGGACAGCCUUUCGCACAUGUUCCGCCAGUACCAGAGACUGGGCUCUGACAGCAGCGAGGCCCACAUCCGUACCGUGUCCGGGGCCAGCCGCGUCUCCGACCUGCUGACCCGCGCCAACGGCGAGCACCCCGAGGAGACGGCGCCCUCCACCAUGAUCGAGCUCACCGUGGACGAGGCUGGAGCCCAGAGCAGGGACGGGGCCGACCCAGACGCAGACCCAGCCUCCGCCUCUGCGACAACCUCCUCCGCUUCCGCCGCCUCCAGUCCACCAGAGGGCGAAGGCGAGCGGACACACACACCUGUCACCGUGUCCAACAUCCUGGCCAUGGCUGAGGAGGAAGAAGAGAAGCUGAGCAAAGAGCAGGAGUCUCCCAGGGAGGGGGAAAAUGAUGGAGACGAGACUAAGGAAGACAGACCAGCAGAAGAUGGAGUUGGUCCUGAGGUCAGCGAGCACCAGGCUACCACUGAGGCUGAAAACCCCACUGACAAAGCCGCCGCCGAUGCCCAAGCUGUCGCUAGCACCGUCGCCACGGGAACGGAUGACACGGCAAACCCCGAGGCACCAGGAAAGGACAACGACAGGGCAGAAACGUCCACCUCGGUGGCAGAGGAGAACUCUCUGAACGAACCGACGAAGGACACCAAGGAAGAGGUGCCGUCUUCGGAAACCUCCGUCUGCCAGGAGACCAGCGGGGUGGUGGGCGGAGCCUUGCUCUUCAACGAGGAUCUUGUGGACGCGGCGGCGUCCGUUAGCGACCAGCUCCGCGCUAGCGAAGUGGAGGACAGUUUUGAGGAGGAGUCCUACGUCUCUGCCUCCGGGACAGCCGACGAUGAAGCAGAGGAGGAGAAGGGAGAGGAGGAUGAAAAGGUGGAAGAGGAGGAGAAGGGAGAGAAGGACGGCGGAGCCGAGGAGGAGAAGGAAGAAAAGGAGGACGAUAAAGAAAUGGUGAAGAUGGAGGUGAAGAAAGAGGAGGAGAAAAGGGAGGAGCCCGAAGUGGAGGUAAAAGCUGAGGAGGAAAAGAAGACUGUUGUGGAGGAGGAGAAGACAGAGGAGAAGAAAGAGAGUAGGGCAGAUGAAGGGAAGGACAAUGCAGGAGUAGACAGUGAGGAGAGUCAGGUGACCCCAUCAGCAGUACAGGAGAGUCAGGUGACCCCAUCAGCAGUACAGGAGAGUCAGGUGACCCCAUCAGCAGUACAGGAGAGUCAGGUGACCCCAUCAGCAGAAACAGUACAGGAGAGUCAUGUGACGGUAUCAGCAGAAACAGUACAGGAGAGUCAGGUGACCCCAUCAGCAGAAACAGUACAGGAGAGUCAUGUGACCCUAUCAGCAGAAACAGUACAGGAGAGUCUGGUGACCCCAUCAGCAGAAACAGUACAGGAGAGUCAGGUGACCCCAUCAGCAGAAACAGUAGAGGAGAGCACCUCACAGUCCCUCGAGAUAGACAACAGGACUGCCUCCAGCACUGACCCCCCAACCACAGGACAAGCUCAAGACACCACACCGCCGCCCCCUGCAGCUUCGGAGGCCACAACACCAUCAGACUCCAGUGUUCUGACCCCAGACCCAGCAGCCGUCCCAGCUCCGGAACCACUACCUGCAGAGACCACAACCAUCGAAGAGGCCUCAGGGACCCCCGGCACAGUCGUCCAGAACCCCACGUCUGGUGCUGCUGAAGCAGGGAAGGACAUUGUAGAAGCCUCUUCAUCUUCAUCUUCAUUCAUAAAGACCAAAGAGAUCAAGAUUGCUAGGCUAGAUGUGUCCAGCAUAGCCUCGGACACGGAGAGACUGGAACUGAAGGGAACAUCUACCAGUGAUGCUAGCCAGGCCCAGGCUGCAGCAGCUGCAAUGCCAGCAGAGUCCACGGACCAGAGCGGCGCGGGUGCCGGCUCGGCAGGCCGCUCAACCAUGUUCCGUAUCCCAGAGUUCCGUUGGUCCCACAUGCACCAGCGCCUGCUCACAGACCUGCUGUUCUCCAUCGAGACGGACGUGCAGAUGUGGAGGAGCCACUCCACUAAGACGGUGAUGGACUUUGUCAACAGUAAUGAGAACGUGGUGUUUGUCCACAACACGGUGCAUCUGAUCUCCCAGGUGGUGGACAACCUCAUCAUGUCGUGUGGGGGCAUUCUGCCCCUGCUCUCCGCCGCCACCUCCUCCUCGCAUGAGCUGGAGAGCAUCGAGCCUUCGCAGGGUCUGAGCGUGGAGGCCUCCGUCACCUUCCUGCACCGUCUGGUCAGCCUGGUGGACGUGCUGAUCUUCGCCAGUUCCCUCAACUUCACCGAGAUCGAGGCUGAGAAGAACAUGUCGUCAGGGGGCAUCCUGCGACAGUGCCUCCGACUGGUGUGUGCCAUGGCUGUGAGGAACUGUCUGGAGUGUCAGCAGCACUCCCACUUCAAGCCCGGCGCAGACGGCGCCCGCGGCCCCAACGCCAUGCAAGGCCUCAUGGGAGCUGCUAAGUCCAUGCCCGCGCAGAGCCCUGUUGACGUGGUUACAGGUGGGAUAUCUCCUAUCGGAGACCUGGACCGCUUGCUACAGGACAUGGACAUCAACCGCCUCCGUGCAGUGGUCUUCAGAGACAUUGAGGACAGUAAGCAGGCUCAGUUCCUGGCCCUGGCUGUGGUCUACUUCAUCUCUGUCCUCAUGGUGUCCAAGUACCGGGACAUUCUGGAACCUCACAAUGAGAGGAUGCAGCCUCGCAGGAGCCAGUCCUCCCGCAGCACAGACAGCGGUGGUCUGGAGCUGGAGAACGGCGUGUCCCUCCGCCGCCGCGACUCGGGCAUCGGAGACGAGCACGCCUCCGUGGCCCCCAGUGAGGCAGAGGCCUCCAGCGGUGCCGGGCCAGACGCCAUCUCCGAGGCCCUCUCCACCCUCUCCUCCGAGGUGAGGCCCGGCCUGGACACGGCCGCGGAGGCCAAGGGCAAGAACGUGAGGGACAUCCUGCGAAGCCUGGUGAGCGGGCCGGCCGAUGACGUCAUUGUGGACCCCAGCUUCCUGCCACCGACCUUCCUGGACGCCGUGGGAGAGGGCACCCAGUCGCUCCACUUCCGCUCUUUCGACAGAAGUGUCGUCGUGGCGCCCAAGAAGGUGGGUGGAACCCCGUCUCCGGGCUCCUCCGUCGCCGCCACUCCUAUCCCAUCAGCCACCGCUGCCUCCGCCUCUGCAGGGACGCCAGUCAACGACGUUGCCGUGGUAUCCACUGGCGAAGCCUCCCAGAGCUCUGCCGCUGAGGCAGCAGCCGCAGCAGCCGGAGGGCCUGCCUCAGCCAGCAGCACCAACCUGCCAUCUGUCCCCCCACUCUCCCCCAUGACCCGGGACGCAGCCCCCAAUAUGAGUAUCUCAGACAGGCUGGAGCACGCUCUGGAGAAGGCAGCACCCCUGCUCAGGGAGAUCUUCGUGGACUUUGCCCCGUUCCUCUCCCGCACCCUGCUGGGGAGUCACGGCCAGGAGCUGCUCAUCGAGGGCACCAGUCUGGUGUGUAUGAAGGCCAGCAGUUCGGUGGUGGAGCUGGUGAUGCUGCUCUGCUCUCAGGAGUGGCAGAACUCCAUCCAGAAGAACGCUGGUCUGGCCUUCAUCGAGCUGGUCAACGAGGGCAGACUGCUGAGUCACACCAUGAAGGACCAUCUGGUGCGCGUGGCCAACGAGGCCGAGUUCAUCCUCAGCCGACAGAGAGCCGAGGACAUCCACAAGCACGCAGAGUUUGAGUCCUACUGUGCCCAGUACGCAGCAGAGAAGCGCGACGAGGAGAAGAUGUGUGACCACCUGAUCCGGGCGGCCAAGUACCGCGACCAUGUGACCGCCACGCAGCUGGUCCAGAAGAUCGUCAACAUCCUGACGGACAAGCACGGCGCCUGGGGGGCCUCCUCCGCCAGGUACGACGCUCUGGGAGGGGACGCUCUGGGAGGGGACGCUCUGGGAGGGGACGCUCUGGGAGGGGACCCCGUCGGUGCUCUCAACCCCAAGAGGGCUGCAUUCUUCUCCGACCGAUAUGAAUCCUGGGAAGAUGAUCAGGUGCCCAAGUUCCACUACGGCACACACUACUCCACCUCCAGCUUCACCCAGAUGUGGCUUCUGCGCAUCGAGCCUUUCACCACCUUCUUCCUCAACUUUCAAGGCGGGAAAUUUGACCACGCUGACCGUACCUUCUCCUCUGUGUCCCGUGCCUGGAGGAACUGCCAGAGAGACACGUCUGACGUCAAGGAGCUGAUCCCAGAGUUCUACUACCUCCCGGAGAUGUUCAUCAACGCCAACAGCUACAGCCUGGGUGUGAUGGAGGACGGCACGGUGGUGUCUGACGUGGAGCUGCCGCCCUGGGCAAAGAGCCCCCAGGACUUUGUCCGCAUCAACAGGCUGGCUCUGGAGAGUGAGUUUGUGUCAUGCCAGCUCCACCAGUGGAUCGACCUGAUCUUCGGCUACAAGCAGCAGGGUCCCGAGGCCACUCGCUCCCUGAACGUCUUCUACUACCUGACCUACGAGGGCGCCGUCAACCUCAGCUCCAUCACCGACCCCAUGCUCCGCGAGGCGGUGGAGGCUCAGAUCAGGAGUUUUGGACAGACCCCCUCUCAGCUGCUCAUCGAGCCGCACCCACCCAGGAGCUCCGCCAUGCAGGUGACACCACUCAUGUUCACGGAGCAGAUGCAGCAGGACGUCAUCAUGGUCCUAAAGUUCCCCUCCAACUCUCCCGUGGCGCACGUGGCGGCCAACACCCAGGCCGGCCUGACGGCGCCCGCCAUCAUCACCGUCACCGCCAACCGCCUCUUUGCCGUCAACAAGUGGCACGGCCUGGCAGGUCAUCAAAGUUCAUCAGUGCAGCAGGACCAGCAGUACCAACUGCCUGUGGAAAUCGACCCUCUGAUAGCCAGUAACGUGGCCACCCAUCGGCGCCAGAUCUCUGACCUGCUGGACCAGAGUAUCCAGGUUCACGCCCAGUGCUUUGUCAUCACCGCCGACAACCGCUACAUCCUGCUCUGCGGCUUCUGGGACAAGAGCUUCCGUGUCUACUCCACCGACUCAGGUAAGCUGACCCAGAUAGUGUUUGGCCACCGUGACGUGGUGACGUGCCUGGCCCGGUCUGAGUCCUACAUCGGGGGGGACUGCUACGUACUGUCCGGCUCCAGAGAUGCCACCCUGCUGCUCUGGUACUGGAGCGGCAAGCACAGCAGCAUCGGAGAGAGCCCGGCCACAGAGUUUGUGACGCCAAGAGCCAUCCUGACUGGCCAUGACUGUGAGGUGACGUGCGCCAGUGUGUGUGCUGAGCUGGGCCUGGUUAUCAGCGGCUGCAGAGAGGGGCCGUGUCUGAUCCACUCGAUGAACGGCGACCUGCUGCGGACCUUGGACGCCCCGGAGCCCUGCGUGCGGCCCCGCCUCAUCCACUCGUCCACCGAGGGCCACUGCAUGGUCUACUACGACAAGGGCCACUUCUGCCUGUUCAGCGUGAACGGCAAGAUGCUGGGACACCUGGAGGUGGAGGACAACAUCAGGGCCAUGCUGCUGAGUCGUGACGGUCAGUACCUGCUGACGGGUGGCGAUGGGGGCGUGGUCUCAGUGUGGCGGGUGCACGACCUCAAACAGCUGUUCACCUACCCGGGCUGUGACGCGGGCAUCCGCUCCAUGGCCAUGUCCAACGACCAAAGGUGUAUCAUCACAGGCAUGGCUUCAGGAAGCAUCGUGCUGUUCUACAACGACUUCAACAGAUGGCACCAUGAGUACCAGACCAGAUACUGAGCCACCAGCUUCUCUCCUCUACCAACACUGUCUCCAACACCCAGCCCUGACACAUCCACUGGGGUCGAGGACGCUAUCACAAUCCUGCCACUUGACUAAAGGCACUACUUAUACAGUACUGAUAUCCUGAAUGUAUCAAAAAGAGCUGAUCUAAAGAGAUGAAGGGGGAAAUACUGUCUGACUAUGUCUAAAGUCUGAAUUAUUUUUAAAGAAGGGCAUUGAUAUAUUUUGUAGAUGAUAAGAAUUUCAUAUAAAAUCUUAGGGUGGGGGUGAAUUACCUAUGGUUGAACGGGGAAAAGUAUAUUUUUAGCUUGUUAGAGUCUAUUUUCAUCUCUUUGUGAGGGAAAUGAGUGGAGGUAGCUAGAAAACAAUAUAUUUGCAUCUGCUGUCUUAAGAAUCCAUAUAUGUGUGUACUUUAGGGUGAGUGAUUCUAAUUGUUAUUUUUUUCAAUAGGGCGUGAAUUGUGGGGCUUUUUUGUGUUUUUGCAGUUUUGUUUAUCAAGUACUUUUUUCAGAAUCUUUCAUGUCUGUGGAAAUUGAAUGGAAUGAGUUAUUGCAAACUGACAGUUAGUCCUAAACAUGGAUACAAAUGAGUAGCCUACAUUUUCUAUUUAAAUGAUGGACAGAAAAGGCAUUUCGUCAGGUUUUUGGUCAACCGAGAUAUCGCUUUCUUAUGUGGUUUGAGUCCAACGUCAUGAAGCUAGCCUAACAAAGAUGUUUCAGAAGAACCUGUCUGUUGUAAGUUUAUCUAUGUUAGUCACAAGAAUAGAUGUCCUAUAAAUAGAUGACUGUGUUGCACAUACUACUUAGAUUCAGUUUAAGCCGUCAUCUGGUUUGGUGUAGAUGCCAGUUUAACCACAGUCGUUAGGACCUUCUAAUCAUGGGCUGUGUACUACACUCUGAUUGGCCUCCUCCCGAAGUGAUUAAUAACAGUGACUUAGACAGCGGAACACAUUGUGUCAGAGAGGGGAACAAGGGAAAGUGCAAAUGAAACAUGUCCAUAGAACUUCUUUAUCGCCUAGCUGUACCUGUCGCUUAACACGUUUACAGAGGACAUAUCAACGCACCUGUGCCCCCACCAUUUUGGAUCUUCAAUGUCUUCGUCGACUACGGAGCAAUCACCCCCAGCAAUUGCAGUAAACACAUCAACCAAUCACAUGUUGCGGUUAAUUACUAGAGUAAACAACUUGGUCAACUACCCUUUCCUGAUUCUUGAACAUUCCAUUAGAUUUUAUAUGAGCAUGGGUGGAUAUGACCACGUCAACUACCGUGUUUUAUGUAUCGCUCAAUAUUUUGGCCAUCCAUUUGGAACGAGUGCUUUUUGUGUGAUGAAUUCUGACAAUAAAACUGAAUUUUGUAAUUUA